UCAGUUUCACGUUGGCGGUCGUUGAGCGCGGAAGUGGCCGAAAAUACAAUAUUUACGUUUAAGGGCAUAUAUAUAGCCAGAAUCGGAAAAUCAUAAGAACGCGAUUUUUGUUGAAUGGCCGCCUCUGUCUUUGUCCAUGUAUUCGUGUUUGUGUUUGUGUAAGAAGUUUGACGGCAGCGACGACGUAAAAUAGUGAAGCAUAAAGGCCAAGAAAAGAAAUACCCAAAACAACAACGUGUUUGCUGUGCUGCCGUUUGUAGCCCUUAACCUACGUUUUUUUUUUGCUACCUGCCAAUUUGUUAACUCUAUUGUUGUUGCUGCUUGCGUGCCGUGAAUCAAAGCAAAAAAAGCAACAACAACUACAACAUGCACAAAUAAAUGUAAGUGUAAAGAGUGGGACUUUCAUUUUCGUCAAACAGCGAUGUUGAGCAGCGAUAAGAACAGUCGAAACAACAAUCUUGGCUAUUAAAGAGCUCUACAAACAAACUAAAUUGGAGCUGGAAUCUAAAACAAAAAACAGGAGAGAAAAAUGACAAUUACGUACACAGGUGAAGUGGCCACUUGUCGCGGCUUUGGCUGUUUUCUUAAAUUGCUAUUCAGAUGGCGUGGAAGCAUUUACAAGUUGGUCUGGCUAGAUCUUUUGGCCUUUUUGACCAUUUACUAUGCCAUCAAUAUGGUGUAUCGUUUUGGCCUCAACCCUACCCAAAAGGAAACCUUCGAAGCCAUUGUCCAGUACUGUGAUAGUUAUAGAGAACUUAUACCCUUGUCUUUUGUCCUGGGUUUCUAUGUAUCGAUUGUGAUGACCCGUUGGUGGAACCAGUACACCUCCAUACCCUGGCCAGAUCCCAUUGCCGUUUUCGUCAGCUCGAAUGUUCAUGGCCAGGAUGAACGAGGUCGUAUGAUGAGACGUACAAUUAUGCGUUAUGUGUGCCUGUGUCUAACCAUGGUCCUGGCGAAUGUGUCACCGAGGGUGAAGAAACGCUUUCCGGGCCUGAAUAAUCUGGUUGAAGCGGGUCUCCUUAAUGACAAUGAAAAGACUAUCAUUGAGACCAUGAACAAGGCCUUUCCCAGACCCUCAAAGCAUUGGUUGCCCAUCGUUUGGGCUGCUAGUAUUAUAACUAGAGCUAGAAAGGAAGGUCGCAUUCGUGAUGACUUUGCGGUGAAGACCAUCAUCGAUGAGCUGAACAAGUUCCGGGGUCAAUGUGGACUCCUCAUCAGUUAUGAUACCAUCAGUGUGCCUUUAGUUUAUACCCAAGUGGUGACCUUGGCAGUUUACUCAUACUUUCUUACCUGCUGCAUGGGUCAGCAAUGGACAGAUGGCAAGGUGGUGGGCAAUACCACAUACUUGAACAAGGUGGAUCUAUACUUUCCAGUAUUUACAACGCUGCAGUUCUUCUUCUACAUGGGUUGGCUCAAGGUGGCCGAGUCUCUCAUUAAUCCAUUUGGAGAGGAUGAUGAUGACUUUGAGGUCAACUGGAUGGUGGAUCGAAAUUUACAGGUGUCCUAUCUGAUCGUCGACGAGAUGCACCAUGAUCAUCCGGAGCUGCUGAAGGAUCAAUACUGGGACGAGGUUUUCCCCAACGAGUUGCCCUACACAAUAGCUGCUGAGAGAUUCAGGGAGAAUCAUCCAGAACCGUCCACUGCCAAGAUCGAGGUGCCCAAGAAUGCGGCCAUGCCUUCGACAAUGUCGUCCGUUCGGAUUGAUGAAAUGGUUGGUAAUGCUAAUGGUGACCCCGUCGCCGCUGCCGCCGCGGAUGCAAAGAUCCCGGGUCCGGGUCAAGUUCAAGGUCCGGUUGCGGACUCUGGGGUCCAAUCCGUUACCUAUGACUUUCCCAAGGGCUCGGCAGAUGAGGAGGCUGAUGAUGCCAGUGGCAUACACUUCUCAGCUGGCAAUGGCAAAAUGCGCCUUGGUUCCUCGCCUUCGCUUGUGAGUGUUUCGGGUACUUUGUCCCGGGUGAACACGGUGGCCUCGGCCCUUAAACGUUUCUUGAGUCGCGAUGAUAGCAGGCCGGGAUCGGCCACGCCCAGUCAGGAUCAGCCGUACAAGUUCCCAGCCAGCGCGAGUUCGGCAAGUCUUUCGGGUGGAGUUGUUGGCUCGGCCACUUCGGCAGGAAAACCAGUAGGCAGUCUAAGGAUUACUCAGCAAGUUAUCGAGGAGGUCGAUGAACAGGCCACCAUAACAUCCAUGAGAGCAAAUGAACCGCGUCCCAAUGUCAUGGAUAUCUUUGCACCAGCUUCAACUUCUGGAGCUGGAGUUUCGUUACCUCUUCAGCCACCACCGGCUCACUCGGAACCUGUGGACAUACCAGCUCGUCCACCCUCAUACAAUCGUGCACAGUCCCAGUAUGAACCCACUCUAUUCCCACCUGGCGGAGUGGAUGCGCUGCUUAGUACUUCAGCGCCAGCUGGAGGCAGUCCCUUGCUGUUGUCCAAUGCAGCCACUGCACCCAGUUCGCCGGUGGGCGAAAGCUCAAAGUCCUUAUACGAUCCCCACAAGGCAGCUAGCCGGGAGACAGGUGAGUUAGAAAUUCUUUUCCAUCCCAGUCAGCGGAUGUGUUAGAAUGCCCAACCGCUUCUUAAACUCAUUUUUAACAUUUGUAUAUCUUCAUUUUCAACAAAUUCGGGAAUUUUUAAAGAGAGGCCCGAUG